GAUUACGAUGAUGAUCUUCGAGAUGAAUCAGAGGCCAAGCAAUCCAGAUUUGACAGCCGCGAAGGAGCAGCUGAUUUUCCCAGACACAGGAACCACCAAAGACGCUCAGCACUCGCUUUGUGCGAACGUGGCGAGAGAAGACGGUGGAAGGACGCAAGGUUUUGUUCUUUCCGCCUUGGAUGUGGCAGACGCGUUCUUGACGGAGGCAGGUGACGAGAUCAGUUUUCUCAAGCGCAAGCAUUUGCUCACUGUUGAAGGCAACAUUUUGAUGACGCCGCACGUGAAGCACUUCGACAAGUACUGUGUGAAUCGUUUGUAUUCAGCCAUGGAUUCCCGUGGAUCGAAGAAGCCCAUGCAGCAAAUGAUCAAGCUUUUCAUGAUUUCUCAGAUGGUAAGCAUGACCGACGCCUUGAGCACCGGCGACGGCGACAUUGAGCCCAAUACCACGCGACCAUUUGCAUCCCUGCAGAUUCAUGAUUUCACUGGUGCCACUCCGGAUUUCUUCCUGGAAUAUUAUGUGAUUUUCAGUUUGAUAUUUACCACAGUAGUGAUUUCAGUGUGGACUUUUUCUUGGCUUUCCAAGUGCAUAAAGUCAGCGAGACGCCUCAUGAUGUUUGCUUGGCAGAUACAUCAUGCAGAACCAGACGGAGCUCAACAUACAGGUAGUGUGCGUGAUGUUCAGGAACAAGUUUCCGCUGACAAAGCAGUGAGAAGACGCAGCAGUGCAGCACCUGCGGCAACUUACUGGAAAGCGACAAAGUUUCCGUUGAUUGAGUUUCUUUUGAGACAACAUGCGCAGGAAGAACUGGAAUCGUGCUUCGUGACCCGUUAUGGCAGAUUUUACCACCGCUUGGGAUGUAAGUGGCUACAGAAUCAUGCAGCUACUGAGAUUUUGCUGUCAGAUUUACAGCAACGGCAUUUGGCCAGAUGCAGGACAUGCCAUUCUUGCACAGAGACCAAUUUGCCUUCUUCUUCUGGUUUGAUUGGAUGAAGUUGCAUGAUGCGAAAAAUGAAGCCCAGUUUGCGAGGCACAAGCUUUACGUGACCUCAGGGCAUGGAUGAUAAUUCGAGAG